GCGAAGCCACAGCGAUCCGGCCCUGAUGCAGAGCGCCGUCGGGAUGCAAUGCAACACGGCUGGACGGCAGUGGCAUCAUCGCCUUACGCACGUAGGCUAGUGGAGCCUCGCUCGGUUCAAACUCGGUCAAAUGGAGCUGCUUAGACGCUUAGACUGAGUGAUCUGAGCCUCCUCGCCUGCUCUGCGUUUACGCGGCUUUAUUUCAGUCUUUUUCUGGUCAGCCUGAGAGAGGAAAGUAGCCUAGACGUCAAACCACGACCACCAUCAGCACCAACACCACCACCACCAACAAAAACAACAACACAACCACACCACUGCUCGCAAAUUAUGGACGAGGAGACGAUGACCAAAAGCGAGGAGCAGCAGCAGCAGCAGCAGCAACAGCAGCAGCAUCAUCUGAGUUUGCAAAAAGCCCUGCAGCAGUGCGAGCUGGUGCAGAACAUGAUCGACAUCAGCAUCUCCAGUCUGGAGGGUCUGAGGACCAAAUGUGCCACAUCCAACGACUUGACACAGAAAGAGAUCCGGACGCUGGAGGGUAAGCUGGUGAAGUAUUUCAGCCGGCAGCUCUCCUAUAAGAAUAAAGUGCCCUUACAGGAGCGGAACGUAGAGCUGGACGGAUUCCCUCGCCUCACUCACUGGCUCCGCAUUGUCAACAUGAGGAAGGAGGUGACCGAGGAGAUCUCUCCAGGUGAGCUGACUCUGGAGGCGCUGUUGGAGAUGUCGGAUGAAGAGGUGUCUGAGACGCUGCAGAAGUUCGGGGCGAGUGAGGAGGAGUGUGCUCGCCUGAACGCCUCCCUCACCUGUCUACGCUCUGCCCACAAAUCAGAACAACUUGAGGACGACAAAUUGCACAGUAAUGGAGGAACCAGCAGUAACCAGCCCAAACAGGACUGGUCCAUCCAGUGGCCUAUGUCUGAGUCUGGUAAAGAGAACACGCCUGUGGGCACCCCGGAGCCUGGCCAGUGGGUUCGUCUGCAGCUCACUCAAAGCCCUAAACUGCAGUCGUCCCGCUAUAGCCAGCAUCUGUGCCACAGCCCGCAGGCCCUGGCCCCGCCCUUCUACUCCCUCCACCCGCACCACCAGGCUGACCGGCUUACAGUGGACUCCUACCCGGGCCUGCUGCCCUCCGGCCUGGACACAGGCCACCGCUCCCUCCCCCCGUCCCCCAGGCAGAGGCAUUUUGCCCACAUGCCUCCACGGACUCCCCUGGUGGUGAACACAAUGACCCCUCCGGGCACGCCGCCGAUCCGACGCAGGAACAGGCUGAAAGCUCCCGGCACCCCGCCGCCCUCCAGCCGCAAACUCAUUCACCUGCUGCCUGGCUUCACCGCCCUCCACCGCAGCAAGUCGCACGAGUUUCAGCUGGGUAACCGGGUGGACGAUGCCCAGACGCCCAGAGCACGGAAGAAGGCCAAGCCUCUGAACCUGAAGAUCCACAGCAGUGUAGCAGGAAGUUGUGAGAACCUGCCAACUCAGCGCUCUCCUCUGCACUCGGAUCACUCGCUCCGCUCUUUCUUCUUCCCCAGCCUGGUGCCCUCCACGCCCCCUGUCCAUGCUGUUGAGGCACCCACAGCCAACACUUUGUCAGUUCCUCGCUGGUCCCCUCAGAUCCCUCGCAGAGACUUGGGCAACUCCAUUAAACACAGAUUUUCCACCAAGUAUUGGAUGUCGCAGACUUGUAUAGUCUGCGGGAAAGGAAUGUUAUUCGGCCUGAAGUGCAAAACUUGCAAGUUGAAGUGCCACAAUAAAUGUACCAAAGAAGCACCUCCUUGCCAUUUGCUGAUAUACCAUCGAGGAAGGAGGGACUCUUUCAAAGAUCAAGGGACGUCUCAAGCUCGUCAGCUUGUCAGGACCGAGUCAGUACCGUGUGACAUAAACAACCCCCUCAGGUACACGGACCUGCACAUCAGCCAGACUCUGCCCAAAACCAACAAAAUCAACAAGGACCACAUCCCUGUGCCGUAUCAGCCUGACUCCAGCAGCAACCCCUCCUCCACCACCUCCUCUACCCCUUCAUCCCCUGCUCCUCCCCUCCCUCCCAGUGCGACUCCACCCUCCCCACUCCAUCCCUCUCCUCAGAACAUCCGACAGCCCAAGCAGCCCAACCUAACAGCAUCUCAUUACUACAAAUACAAGCAGCAGUUCAUCUUCCCUGAUGUGGCCCCAGAGGUUCCCAGUAGAGCUCCUCAGGUUAUCCUACAUCCUGUGCUGUCAGAGCCUGGUAACAAAGGCAACCCCCUGCUGCAGAUCGAGGUUGAACCUACUUCAGAUAAUGAGGAGGGGAAUGAUGAAGCGGGGGAUUCGGCCGACGAGUUCGAGGAGAUGAACCUGUCCCUGCUGUCGGCGCGCAACUUCCCCCGCAAAGCCAGCCAGACCAGCAUCUUCCUGCAGGAGUGGGACAUCCCCUUCGAGCAGCUGGAGAUCGGAGAGCUGAUAGGCAAGGGCCGCUUUGGGCAGGUGUACCACGGCCGCUGGCACGGAGAGGUGGCCAUCCGCCUCAUUGACAUCGAGCGGGACAAUGAGGACCAGCUGAAGGCCUUUAAGCGGGAGGUGAUGGCGUACCGGAACACACGGCACGAGAACGUGGUGCUGUUCAUGGGCGCCUGCAUGAGCCCUCCGCACCUGGCCAUCAUCACCAGUCUGUGUAAAGGGAGGACGCUUUACGCAGUAAUAAGAGACGCUAAAGUCAUCCUCGACGUCAACAAGACCAGACAAAUCGCGCAGGAGAUGGUGAAGGGCAUGGGCUACCUGCAUGCCAAAGGAAUCCUUCACAAGGACAUGAAAUCUAAGAACGUCUUCUACGACAAUGGCAAAGUGGUCAUCACUGAUUUUGGACUCUUCACCCUAUCUGGUGUCUUACAAGCAGGCAGUAGGAGAGAGGAUAGGUUGAGGAUUCCCAGUGGCUGGCUGUGUCACCUCGCCCCUGAGAUUAUCCGUCAGCUCUCUCCAGAGACAGCGGAGGACCAGCUCCCCUUCUCCAAACAGUCUGACGUCUUUGCCUUCGGCACUAUCUGGUAUGAGCUGCAUGCGCGAGAGUGGCCUUUUAAGAACCAGCCGCCGGAGGUGAUCAUAUGGCAAGUGGGCAGUGGCAUGAAACCAAACCUCACUCAGAUCGGCAUGGGCAAAGAGAUAUCUGACAUCCUGCUGUUCUGCUGGGCGCACGAGCAGGAGGAGAGACCCAGCUUUUCCAAACUGGUGGAGCUGCUGGAGAAACUCCCCAAACGCAACCGCCGCCUCUCUCAUCCCGGACACUUCUGGAAAUCAGCUGAGUAUGUCAAAUGAGCUAAGCUCGCAAAAACAUUCAAAAUGAAAAGUCCUGGAGAUGAGGUUGGCGUUAAAUAGGAAGCCGUUGUGGUGCACUGAGGUGCUCUAGUGAGGCACUGGUGAGAAACCUAAACUGAGUUGCUGUUGGCUACUGGAUUGUACGCGUACACUGCUGUAUACAUAAAGCGGUUUCCCUGACACAUCGAUUAGCUAGCACACCCAGAGCUCAUGUUCUUCUGUUGAUUAUUGUUUGAUCAUGUACGGGAGGUUUCUUUCUUGGCUUUUCUUCUCUGUUCUUUCUGUUUGUUUUCCUUUAAUCUGUUGAAUCUGUUUCUGUUAUGCCAGCUUAUGAAUUUCUUUGUGAUUAAUUUCUCAAUGUUAUCUUUUGAUGAAAAUUUCUCUUUUUUUCAAUCAUAUGCCAUGUCAUUCUGUAUUGAGUGCAUUUAUGAUGCAUUUUUAUGAACAAAUGCAACUUGUUUUUAUUCUGUGUGAGUUUUGUGUCUGUAUUAUUAUUAUUAUUAUUAUUAUUAUUAUUAUUUUCUAAGGACAUGUAGUCAUGGAGUGAAUGUAUUUAUUUUCGGAUUUGAGAAAUGUACUUCUUGAAGUUGUUUAUUUAUUUUCUUUCGGUCCAGUCACUGUCAUUCUGUCUGUCGUGGAUUUCCAUGAGUGCAUGUUGUCGGCAUUCGUGCUGUCCUUGCAGUCGCAAAGCUACUUCUCUUUAUUUUAGAAGCCAGAAAAGAAUGUGGACGUUCCUCACCCUUCUGCAGAGUACGAAGCCAUUCCUUGUACUUUUAGUUGCCUAAUUAUUUCUGCCUGCGUUCGAAUGUUGGCAACGGCCGACUCGCCCACAGUUUUGCUGUAGAAGUUCCGCUUGUAAAUGUGGUUAAUGACACUUGAAUUGUAUCAUACUUUACUGUGACGAACCUGAGAACUAGCUGGAGUUAAUGCUGUUUCUGAGCCCGCGAGGAGACGGAGAGUUAAUCAGACUUACGAUUUUUUUUUCUUACGGAAAAAUACGUACGAAUGUUUUGAGAAUAUUUUAAAAACACAAUGUUUGUACAUUAUCGUAUACAUGCACUAGCGAGAACAUGCCAUGUAGUGCACUUCAUAAUCGCCAUCUGUAAAUUACACAACACCUAUGACUGUUGCAUGCAAGUGUUGAUUGCGGAAAUUUCAAAGGAAUUUAAUAUUUCGUCGUUCGAACCGGUUAUGAAGGUGACGUUAGCUACGUAUGGCUUAAAAAGAAGUGCUGCAGACCUGCUUUAGCCAUCGCAGUGCCAUACUCACUGGCUGUAGACAAUCUGUUCACUCUAUUCACAGCCGCUCUUUAUAGCUCAUAACCAGUUCCAGUGUCCGAACCGCUUAUAGAUCUAUUGCUGCUGUUUUUUGGGACGUACUCGAGUCUAUUUUUGGGAUCAGAUAUUGUUUUGUGGAUCAUUUAUAUUUGUACAGCUCACACCUUUAAAAUGCAUGAGAGGACCCACGAGGGACCUGUCCAUGUUAACCGAACCUCAGAACCACAUAAAGUAUGUAAUUUAUAGUGUUAAAAUCCAAUAUUAUCACACAUAUACAGAUA